UUGUUGAUAUUUCAAUUUCAAAGCAAAUUGGUAUUCCGACGAAAUAGGUGCAAAGUCACACAGGAAUCUGCAAGAGACUGCUGCUGCUGCAAUGGCCGCGCCAGAGGGACAAGAAGCUAUCGUUGCCGAACCUCAACGCCCCAUUACCAACAUCCUCAUCAUCAUUGCUAUGCAGACGGAGGCGCUUCCUGUUGUCAAUAAGUUUCACCUCACUGAAGAUCCUCACUCUCCGUUUCCGCAAGGGGUACCGUGGGUCCGGUAUCAUGGCACUUACAAAGAUCUCAAUAUAAACUUGAUCUGGCCUGGAAAAGAUCCAACUUUGGGGGUUGAUAGUGUAGGAACGAUAUCAUCUGCUCUUGUAACAUAUGCUGCUAUUCAAGCAUUGCAACCCGACUUGAUCAUUAAUGCAGGCACUGCUGGUGGCUUCAAGGCCAAAGGAGCUAGUGUUGGUGAUAUUUUCAUUGUAUCAGAUUGUGCUUUUCAUGACAGAAGAAUACCCAUACCUGUUUUUGAUCUGUAUGGAGUUGGUUUACGUAAAGCCUUUGAAACACCCAACCUUACCAAGGAACUUGAUCUGAAGGUGGCUAGAUUGUCUACUGGUGACUCUUUAGAUACGACAGAGCAGGAUGAAUCAUCAAUACUUGCAAAUGAUGCCACCGUUAAAGAUAUGGAGGGAGCAGCUGUUGCCUAUGUUGCAGAGCUUCUGAAAGUUCCUGCAAUUUUUAUAAAAGCUGUGACUGAUAUCGUUGAUGGUGAUAAACCAACUGCAGAAGAAUUCCUGCAGAAUUUGGCUUCUGUAACUGCUGCACUUGAUGUGGCUGUCGAAAAAGUUAUUAGUUUUAUUAAUGGGAAGUGCGUAUCUGAACUUUGACAACCUUUCCAAUUUGUUAUAUGCAAUGCUAGACUCAAUUGUACACUACCAUAACAGAUUGGAAUUUGUGAGAUUUAAGCAAAAAUCGGAACUCGUACACCAAAAAUGAUUGUUUGUGUCAUUCAUUGUAUACAUGUACAAUGACCACUUCCUUCAGUAAACUCCAUAAAGUACUGGUUUAUAAUUGCCUGAGAGUUCUACAUGAUUUUGAAAUGAUUGAGAACUUCAUUUUAAUAA